UCAAAGAUAGCCUCCUGUCUUUUAUAUGAGUGGCAGGAUGACGUGCUACAGAAUGUAGACCACAGCUCUGUGACGAGACACAGCACGAAAUCCACGCCCACACUGCCCCAGAAGUAUUCAGAAGAAGUCAACCAUACUUCUCCUUCUUCCUCCUUCAGCUGCUUUCUGUUCCUCUGCGUCUCGUCCGCCUUUUAUUUAUUUUUGUGUGUUUCGCCGGUUCCAGACGAGGCAUGGCGGAGCUGGAGGGCCUGGAGUUUGGGAAGUCGGACUUCGUGCUCCUGGACGAGGUGACGAUGGAGCAGUUUCUGGAGAAUCUGAAGCUGAGGUUUGAGAAGGGCCGUAUCUACACCUACAUCGGAGAAGUGGUGGUCUCUGUCAACCCUUACAGACAAAUGGAAAUUUAUGGCAAAGAAACCAUCGAUGCGUACCGAGGCCGGGAGCUGUAUGAAAACCCUCCUCACCUGUACGCGGUGUCUGAUGCCGCCUACAAGGCCAUGAAGAGGCGGGCCAAAGACACCUGCAUCGUCAUAUCAGGUGAAAGCGGCGCAGGAAAAACAGAAGCCAGUAAAUACAUCAUGCAGUAUAUAGCAGCCAUCACAAACCCGAGCCAGAGGGUGGAGGUCGAGAGCGUGAAGAAUGUGCUGCUCAAGUCCAACUGCGUGCUGGAGGCCUUCGGGAACGCCAAGACGAAUCGCAACGACAACUCCAGCCGCUUCGGCAAGUACAUGGACAUCAACUUCAACUUCAACGGGGAUCCCACCGGAGGACACAUCAACAACUACCUGCUGGAGAAGUCCCGGGUGGUCCAGCAGCACGAGGGGGAGAGGAACUUCCACUCGUUUUACCAGCUACUACGUGGAGGCUCAGAUGAAAUGCUGGAGUCCUUUCACCUGCAGAAGGAUCCUGCUGUUUAUACGUACACCAAAGCGGGCGUUGCAACAGCUACGUCCAACAACGAUCGCUCGAGCCACAAGGCGGUGCUGAGUGCACUGGAUGUGAUCGGCUUCUCCAGUGAGGAGAUUUACUCCAUUUAUCAAAUCCUUGCCUCCAUCCUUCUGCUGGGUAACGUUCAGUUUGAGAGCGACGGGGAGAACGUUCAGAUCCUGGGGCUGGAAGCCGUGAACCACAUCUCCGAGCUGACGGCCACAGAUCCAAACAGCGUCAGUAAGAGCCUGCUGUAUCGUACCGUGGCCACCGGGGGCGGCGAGGUCAUCGAGAAGGGCCACACCGAGCAGCAGGCCUGUUUUGGGCGGGACGCUUUUGCCAAGGCUCUCUAUGAAAGACUUUUUUGCUGGAUUGUCAACCGCAUCAACAGCGUCAUCGAAGUGAAAGACUACGACCCAGUGCUUCAUGGGAAAAACACCGUCAUCGGAGUGCUGGACAUCUACGGCUUUGAGAUCUUUGAGAACAACAGUUUUGAACAGUUCUGCAUCAACUACUGUAACGAGAAGCUGCAGCAGCUUUUCAUCGAGCUGAUCCUCCGACAGGAACAAGGCGAAUAUCACAGGGAGGGGAUCACCUGGCAACACAUCGACUACUUCAACAACCAGAUCAUCGUUGAUCUCGUGGAGCAGCCGCACAAAGGCAUCAUCUCCGUCCUGGAUGAAGCCUGCAUGACCGUGGGUAACGUCACUGACACAGUCUGCCUGGACAGCAUGGACACCAAACUGGCCCAGCACCCCCACUACACGUCCCGCAAGCUCAGCCCCACUGAUAAGACCAUGGAAUUCCAGAAACACUUCCGCAUUCGCCACUACGCCGGAGACGUCACAUAUUCGGUUGAGGGCUUUUUGGACAAAAACAAGGACCUGCUUUUCCAAGACUUCAAGCGCCUCAUGUACAACAGUGCCAACCCAGUCCUGAAGGAGAUGUGGCCAGAUGGUCAGCUGAGCAUCACCGAGGUCACCAAGCGACCUCUGACCGCCGCCACCCUCUUCAAGAACUCCAUUGUGGCCUUGGUGGAUAAACUGGCCUGUAAGGAGCCGUACUACGUGCGCUGCGUGAAGCCCAACGAGAUGAAGUCGGCGGUGUUAUUCGACGAUGCUCGCUGCCAGCACCAGGUGGCGUACCUCGGCCUGCUGGAGAACGUGAUGGUGCGCAGGGCGGGCUUCGCCUACAGGCAGCCCUACAAUCGCUUCCUGCAGCGGUAUAAAAUGACGUGUGAGUACACCUGGCCGAACCACCUGAUGGGGUCGGACAGACAGGCCGUGGAGGCCAUCGUCAACCACUACGGUUUCCAGGACGACGUGGCGUACGGCCACACCAAGCUGUUUGUCCGAACGCCGCGCUCUCUCUUCACCCUGGAGCAGGAGAGAGCGGGAGUCAUCCCCAUCCUGGUGCUCUUCUUGCAGAAGGUUUGGCGAGGGGCGUUAGCUCGUAUGCGGUGCCAGCGGAUGAGAGCCAUCUACACCAUCAUGGGCUGCUAUAAGCGCUACAAGGUCAAGGCUCACUUCUGGGAGGUGGCGCGGAGGUUCGCUAAUGUGCGAACCAUGGCCGACUAUGGGAAGAGCGUGGAGUGGCCGACCCCGCCUGUAGCUCUGUCCCAGUUUCACAACAACACGGUCCUGCUGCACCGCAGGUGGUGGGCGAGGCAGAUCGUGAAGAACAUCCCGCCGUCUGACAUGCUGGAGGUCCGGGCCAAGGUGGCGGCUCUGACGGCUCUGAGGGGAGAGAGGAAAGACUGGGGUGUCAGCCGAGCCUGGGAGAGGGACUACCUGGCUAAUGUAAGAGUCAGAACA